AUGUCAUUUGCAGUACUUUUAAAAGGAGCAAAUGUUCUAAGAAAAGCUCGUUUAAGAAAUUACACAAUACGCCGCUUCAAUAAAGGGAGCUGGAAUCGAACAUUGGUACAUUCAUCAGCAAAAAUAAAUGGCCCUACUGGUAAAGCAAUUACCUCGUUGGCUACAUUAGCAGCCACAUGGGUUACAUACGUAUGCUUCAGAACCUUGGAGAAUGAUGCCAAUUUACUUGAUGAUCAGGAUACAACGGUAAACGUUGACAACUCUGUGUCACCAUUUCCUACGAAACUAGGACCACCAGAAUACCCGGUUUCAGCGAAGUAUGUGUUGCUAGGCUAUGGUGCGAGGUCAGUGACUUUUGUUUCCUUUCGAGUGUAUGCUUUGGGGGUAUAUAUUGCAGAGCAGGACAGACAUUUAAUCCCUAAUGUUUUGAAUUCAAAGUUUUUAUCGACCGCUUUUAUUGACACAGACCCUAGUAAAUCGCAUCAGGAAAAUGUGAAAGAGGCUAUGUCUGAUCCCAAAAAAUCUUCGAUUUUAAUUGACAAUUUAUUGGAUAGUGGAGCUAGAAUGUUGGUCAAAAUUACACCUGUAAGAAAUACUGAUUUCAACCAUCUGAGAGAUGGAUUCGUUAAGUCUGUUUUGAAUCAUCCAGAAGCCAAGAACAAUCAAGAAGUGCUUUCUGCUGGCCUAGAAGAACUGAGAAAGGCCUUCACGCUAAAGGGUAAAGUCGCCAAAAACGAUGACUUAAUUGUGGAGCUACAAGCAAAUGGAGGUUUACAACUGUCUUAUUACGACAGAAAAAGGGGCCAUGUUACCUUACUGGGCCGCGUAAAUCAACAACUAGUAGGGAAAUAUCUCUUUUCUCAGUACAUGAGCGGUCCAAAGCCAUUGUCACCCAGUGCAAAAGACUCUGUAGCCUCACACAUCGUUGCGCUGGUAUAA